AUGUGGAACACUUUCUGGAGCACCAGUACCCUCCUGGGACUUGGUCAUCUCUGGCUGUUCGUCCUCGUCCCCUUUCUGGCAUUGCCACGGACGUUUGCUUCUCCUCACGGACCUGUAGCUUCAAAGGGAAACAGCAGCGAGUUGGGCCCUCUUGCUCCUGGUUAUCAUGCUGAGACUUUUCAGGUGUUCAAUGUGGACUACAGCCAUGUGCAGGUGCCCUUUGAGAUUGUGCUGUGGAUUAUGCUGGCUUCCUUGGCUAAACUGGGGUUCCACUGGUCAGGUCGCCUCCCCGCCGUCAUGCCCGAGAGCUGCCUGCUCAUCGUGGUGGGCCUUCUGGUGGGCGGGGCCAUCUACGGCGUCCGCCACACGCCCCCUCCGACCCUGAGCGCCGACGCCUUCUUCCUGUUCCUGUUGCCGCCAAUCGUGCUGGACGCUGGCUACUUCCUGCCGGGCAGGCUGUUCUUCGAGAACCUGGGCACCAUCCUGCUGUACGCAGUGGCGGGCACGCUGUGGAACGCGCUGGGCAUCGGGUUCUCGCUGCGCGGCCUGUGCCUGGUGGUGCCCGGGCAGGCGCUGCAGGGCCUCUCGCUGUUCCACUGUCUGCAGUUCGGCAGCCUGAUCGCCGCCGUCGACCCCGUGGCCGUGCUGUCCGUGUUCGAGGAGAUCCACGUCAACGAGCAGCUGCACAUCCUCGUGUUUGGAGAGUCGCUGCUCAAUGAUGCCGUCGCCGUGGUGACGUAUAAGCUGUUUGAGUCGUUCCUGCGCAUGCCGUCUCUGAGCGGCAUGGACGUGCUGGUGGGGGCCUUCCAGGUGCUGCUGGUGGGCGCGGGCGGCGUGGUGGUGGGCGUCUUCUUCGGCCUGGUGGCGGCGCUGGUCACCCGCUUCACCGCCCGCGCGCAAGUCAUCGCGCCGCUCUUCGUCUUCCUCUUCAGCUACCUGUCCUACCUCACCUCCGAGAUGCUGCACAUCUCCGGAAUCAUGGCCAUCAUGUCGUGUGCGGUGAGCAUGAAGCAGUACGUGGAGGCCAACAUCUCGGAGAAGUCGCACACCACCAUCAAGUACUUCCUGAAGAUGUGGAGCAGCGUGAGCGAGACGCUCAUCUUCAUCUUCCUCGGCGUGUCCACCAUCCAGGACAAGCACAUGUGGAACUGGCCCUUCGUCACCGCCACACUCUUCCUCUGCCUGGCCUGGCGCGCCGUGGGUGUGCUGCUCCUGACGGCGGUGAUCAACAAGGUGCGCCGCAAGACCGUGACGUUCAGGGACCAGUUCAUCAUCGCCUACGGUGGCCUGCGAGGGGCAAUCUGUUUCUCGCUGGUGUUCCUGAUGGACGACUUUCCCAUGAAGAAGCUUCUCAUAACCACCACCAUCACCGUCAUCCUCUUCACCGUGUUUGUGCUGGGUAUGACUAUUAAGCCUCUUGUUGAGCUACUGGAGGUGAGGAAGAGGAGUGAUGUAGAUCUGCCCUCUCUAGGGGAAGAGAUACACUGCAGGGUUUUGGACCACCUGAUGGCCGGGAUUGAGGAAGUGGUCGGCUACUCGGGUCAGCACCACUGGAAGGACAAGUUUGACCAGUUCAACAACAGGUACCUGCGUAAGUUCCUGGUGCGUCAGGACAAGCAGCCCAAGUCCAGCCUGGUGAGGCUGUACCAGAAGCUCCAGCGCCGGGACCAGAAGAGAGAGGAGAGGAGGAAGGACGAGGAGUGUGUGACGGAAAGUACUCAGAGCCGAGUUCUACUGCCAGAGGAGAUGGACAGUAUCAGGAGGAUUCUCACCACAAAUCUAUACGACUUCAACAAAAGGCACAUGAUGGCUUAUAGCAGACACAAGCUGUCUCCAGAGUUCUUCAUGGACAACACAUCACACCACUCCUUGUGCAGACCACAAACCCUGGGAGACCGGACACUCUACCUUUCUCACACCCUUUCAGCUCAGUGGGAACAGGAUUAUGAACGUGAAACAUGCAGAGAUGGCCGCAGAGGUCUCACCAGGUCACUCACAGUGUGUGCCUUUCCAUCCUCUUCGGAUCCAGAGGGGGCUCUGCUCAGCCACAACGGCCCAGGAGAGCUGCCCCGAGAUGGGCCUACGGACGCCGACUCUGCCCCUGGUGCUGCUCCGGCUCCUGGCUCUUCCCUGGCCCGCAGUUCCACCACCAGCACCUGCAGAGCGCCAAAGAAACUCAGCUUCAUCCUGGAGAACGAGAGAGACAAAUAGCAACAGUGUCGCCAUUGAAAAGGACACAUAAGAAAGAAGAGACACACACACACACACUGAUCUCACACACACACACACACACACACACUGAUCGUAGAGGUUUCAGUGGCCGCCAGUGUCUGGAUGAACUUUUGUCGGUGUUUGAGAAGUCUGUGUAUAAGAUUCUUUCCUGCAUUCUUUUAUUGCACGUUUUAUGAGAAAGGUCUGUAUAUAAAAUGCCUUCUUGGCAGAAAUGUUCAAAUGUUUGUGCCUGACUGAAAAUGUAUCACACAAGAUGAUACAGGAAGAUGGUUGUGUCUGUGAAUUGUGCCUUUGUGAAUGCACUGGCUUUGGGUGGGAGGGAAUUAGGGAUGAGGAGUAAUUUUAAAGGCUAA